AUGGCUGCUCUGUCUGGCAUCCCUCUAGUCCCAACCUGGGGAGAUUCGUUUGCAGUCUCCUGUGACUUGGAUUUACUUCUAUUUGCUGAUGCACCGCGUGAUGUUACAGAUUUUGUUGAAUCACUUCCCCCACGGCCCUCAUCGCUAUAUUCGCUGAAUGCCGCCUCAUCGUUUUCAGUGAAGAGACCCAUGCCGGUUAGCUCAGCAGAUCCAUGUUUCCUCCUUGUCAGUGGCCCAUCAGAGUCAUCUGCGUUGGGCCUUUCCAGCUCCAAACUCUUGGACUUCCCAGGCCUCCUGCUCGACUCGCCCUUUGCAGCGGCACCCCUUCUACCUCCUCCCCUUCUGGAAGAUGGGCUCUGGGGUUGUCCGGAAUCGUACGCAUCGCUAGCUGAAUCCUUUUCCAGUGAUACAAUAUCCUUGUCACUAGAUCCCCCAAUACCAGAUUUACCCCUUUCCACCCCUGUUCCCGCCUUUGCAUUUUCCGCCGCCAACAUGGCAUCGCUGAUGGACUCCUGUGUAUUUGCAGCUGUAGACACCGCAGGUGUAACUUCACCCUUUUGCUGCGUGCCUGGACGUCGUAAUUUCGCGUAA